AUGCGUCUACAAAUCUUAGAGGAUUUUCUUCUAAAGAAAACUUUUGAUUUCGACCGGCCGGACAUCAACCUGUAUAAUUUUCACCCACAGCUGCGAAUUUUACUCGCCGUCAAAGGAGUUUUCUUUACAAAUAGACGCUCUUUACUCAGAUUCAUAUGGCCCUGCAUUUGCAUCCAACUGUCAAUCGUCGCCAUGACUUUAGAAGAGAUAUUCAUCUGGCGCGGAGUCACCGUCAAGGACUACUCCUUCGCUACAGAAUGUUUCUGCUACUGGGUGAUCCUGGGCUGCAUACCCAUGGUGUACGUCAGCAUUGUCGUCAAUACUAACAAGAUUUAUGAUAUCGUUGUCACUAUGAACGAGGAUUUUAUAUAUGUGUGUAGUUUGGGAGAUAGAUACAGAAAACCGUUCCUAGAAGGGCAACUCCUCAUUUGGCAAUUAUGUUACGCUUGGUUCAUUUUUGUCUGCUUCGUGGGAGGUCUAUACGUUAUUAUUCCACUGGUUGGGUUGCUUUACCAGAGCCUCUUUGCGACAAUUGAUGAAAACACAGUCAGACCUCUUCAGUUCCCGAUGUGGCUGCCAAACGAUGACCCGUAUAGGACACCUAAUUAUGAAAUCUUUUUGGUCAUCGAAUCAACGCUGAUCUUUUGUUUUGUACAAACUUUUUGUGUAUACAUCUACACGCUACUACACAUCUUACUGCAUUACUACACAAUAAUGAACAUGAUUAUAAUAGACUUCAGCGUGAUAUUCGAGGGUCUGGACGAGUCCGUGGCUUUACUCCCUCGACAUGACCCACGCAGAAGAGAAACACAACUAAUCCUAAACGCGAGGAUAGCAAAAAUUGUGAGAUGGCAUCUUUCUGUCUUUAAGGCUGUGAGUACGGUGUCCUCUGUUUACGGUCCACCUCUGGUUUACCAGGUCUCCUUCAGUUCUCUCGCGAUAUGCCUGAUAGCGUACCAGAUUGCAGAGAAACUCGACAAUGGUAAAGUAGAUAUCCUGUUUUGCCUGUUAGGCAUUGCUGCAUGCUUGCAACUUUGGAUACCUUGCCAUCUAGGCACCAUGAUUAGAAACAAGGCAUUUGAAGUCGGAGACGCGGGCUGGACGUGCGGCUGGCACGAGACCCCACUGGGCCUGAUGAUCCGCAAUGAUAUCCUCAUCAUAAUCCUGAGAGCACAGAAGCCUGUCACCAUCAAGUUCACUGGUUUGCCCAGCGUGCAGCUUGAGACUUUCUCCUCCACUAUGAGCUCCGCAUACUCGUAUUUCAACAUGCUGCGACAGUACAGCAAAUAAUUUUAAAUUAAAC